AUGCCCAGUUGCGAAGACGAAGUGCUGGCGAUUGGAAGAAAGCUGGACAAGAUCAUCGAUGGUACAAAGCCAGGAGACAAUGCAGCUGAUCUUCUCGAAGUUCUGUCGAAACUUCCAAUCACCAUUGAUGUCCUAACGAAAACUCGAAUUGGAAUGACUAUCAACGAUUUGCGCAAGAAAACGUCAGAUGAAAAGCUGGCGAAGAAAGCAAAAAAUCUCAUCAAAGAGUGGAAAAAUUUAGUGGACAAACGCGAAGACAAGAAAGAAAAGGCACCUAAAAACGAGCCAUCGUCAUCGAGCUCAACUAAAAACAAUGGCACAGUUUCGAACCAACAAGCUUCGAGAGUUACCCCACCUGCGUCUCAAUCACCUGCUCCAGUCCCAAGCCAAUAUCAUUCGUCCAAUUUUCCUCCUAAGCAUUUGGAGAAUGACGAGGUGAGUCCCUCUUCGGUUUUUUUUUUGCAUUUUUUAAUUGUUAUUGCAUAA